GCACGUGCUUGGCGCCUAGAUCUCAAAUGCACUGUAUCAACCCGCAUUUAGCGACCUUACACCACAGUUUAAUUGUUUUUAGCGGUCUCCCAGGCGUCCUUGGCGAUGCUCUAGGGGGGGUUGGUGGUGCGGACUGAUAAGACAGGUCCAUUUGAGUGAUAGUGAUAUCGGGCGGCAGCCGAUAGAUAACAGCCCUGAUGUGGUUUUCUCAUGAUGCCUUAUCAAAGACGUCUCAGGCACACAAACAAGCUUAACCUGAUGGCUGAGGUGUGCUGCCCGUCCGGCCGAUGACGGGAUGGGUGCUAUAAGUUGUCGCCAUGCCCUGGAGCCACGCUGACGCCUGAACGGCUGUCUUUUAUGUCAGACUCGACGUUAUAAACUCUACUCUACUCUACUGUCGACUCAAACUCCCUGCACGCAUCAUAGACUCCUGUCUUCUUAUCAGUAACCAUGUCCGCUGAAGUCUCCCACGGUCGCGGCGGCGCAGGCAACUUCAAGCCUGAUGAUACCGAAUAUGUCGACGGCGAGGUUGUUCGAACUGGCGUUGUUGGAAGCCACGGUGAUGGCGCGUACAGUUCUGGUCGUGGAGGUGCUGGUAACAUCGCUGACAUAGGCACACCCGCCACCGAGCGCAAGGAUGUGGACAUCAUCCCCGAGACUGCUGUCCGGCCAAGCCAAGAUGGCCGAGACUACCAUACCGGUCGUGGAGGUGCUGGCAACGCGCAGACCGCAGGUUCUGAGAAGGAGUCUGAGGAGCACGAGAAGCCUGCGUUCAAGACCCCUGUUGGCCUUGCUGACAAGCUCAAGUCCAAGAUCUUCGGCAACAAGAAGUAGACUCCUGCUGGGUUGUCUUUGAUAAGUCUCGAAUUGCGACUUGAUCUUGAGGAGGCGGGGAUUAUCAUUCUCAGGUUGCGUUAUUGUUGAUAUUGGUUAUUGUGGAAAUACCCUUGAUGCCAUACUGUUCUUCUGAAUAAUUUGAAUUCCAUCGUGCCGCUUGCUUUAUCGCGCAAUGCGCAAACAUCCAUGUGGGAUAAUACCUGACAACCCAGUGUAGAUGGGUGGUUGGUGACAUGAAUAAAUGUAACCCACCCCCAGCUUUCUGAUGUUUCUGUGUCUGACCUGCAUUCCUUGCUCCAAAUAAAGAUCUGACAGCUGCUGGCAACACUUUUGUUGAAGAUUGGGUCAACUCACUGAGAAGUACGGAGUAAGCACAGAAGAACAUGCAAGAAUGUACCAUAUA